AUGGCAGACAGCGCAGUAGCAUCCGACGCACCCGCACCGGCGACCCCGGCGAAGAAGCCGAAAGCGUCCGCAGGCGCCGCCAAGAAGCCAAAGGCGAAGCCCACCCACCCGAAGACAUCCGAGAUGGUGAACAACGCCAUCAAGGAGCUGAAGGAGAGGAGCGGUUCCUCGCUUCAGGCCAUCAAGAAGUACAUCGCCGCCCACUACAAGGUCGACGCUGAGAAGCUAGCGCCCUUCAUCAGAAAGUACCUGAAGAGCGCCGUCGAGUCCGGCGCGCUCAUCCAGACCAAGGGCAAGGGUGCCUCCGGUUCGUUCAAACUCGAAUCGAAAUCGGCCGCCAAGAAACCCGCCGCCGCCGCAUCGGCCGCCGGCAAGGCCAAGAAGGCCGCCGCGCCCGCCAAGGCGAAGAAAGCCAAGGCCGCCGCCGCCUCGCCGAAGAAGAAGGCCGCCGCCGCUUCGCCGACCAAGUCGAAGUCCGCCGCCGCCGCCAAGAAGAAGCCCGCAGCCGCCGCUAUCGCAGCGAUCAGCGGCAGCGUUUAG